GCUCUUCCUCAUUGAGCUGAAGAAGUAGAUCAAAAACUUCCCAGGAGCUGAGGGGGAAGACAGCAGAGCAAGAGGAGGAAAAGAAGCGAGGAGGAGAGGAUCUCUUCAUAUCCCACCCAGGCAGAAAGGGGUCGGGACGCUAUUAAACAGCAGCGGAUCGGGGCAGGAAGGAGCGCGCGGAGCGGGGCGAUGCCGCUGCUGCACCGAAAGCCCUUCGUGAGGAAGAAGCCCCCCGCCGACCUGCGGCCCGACGAGCGCGUCUUCUACUGCAGGGUCACCAACGAGAUCUUCAGGGACUACGAUGACUUUUUUGAACGCACCAUUCUGUGUAACAGCCUUGUAUGGAGCUGUGCUGUCACAGGUAAACCUGGACUCACAUAUCAGGAAGCACUGGAAUCAGAAAAGAAAGCCAGACUUAAUCUCCAGAGUUUUCCAGAGGCACUCAUAGUUCCAGUUCUGUAUUUGGCCACCCUAACCCAUCGCUCACGACUUCAUGAAAUCUGUGAUGAAAUCUUUGCUUAUGUCAAGGAUCGAUAUUUUGUUGGCGAAACAGUGGAAGUAGUUAGAAAUAAUGGUGCAAGGCUGCAGUGUAAGAUUUUGGAAGUCAUAGCUCCACCGCAUCACAAUGGAGUGGCCAAUGGCCACAUCAACAGUAUCGAUGAAGACACUAUCGUCAUCAGUGAUAGCGAUGAUUCAGAAACACACAACAGUUCUGCACAAAAUGGGAAGAAAAAAGCAUUAAUUGAUCCCUCCUUGUUCAAGUACAAAGUCCAGCCUAUUAAAAAAGAACUAUAUGAAUCUGUUACUGUAAAAGCAUCUCAGAUAAGCCGGAGGAAACAUCUCUUUUCUCGUGAUAGACUUAAACUUUUUUUGAAGCAACACUGUGAACCACAUGAUGGAGUCAUUAGAACUAAGGCAAUGUCAGUUGCAAAAUACAAGAUAGCAGAACAAGAUUUCUCCUACUUCUUCUCUGAUGACCCACCUACGUUUAUCUUCAGUCCUGCAAACAAAAGGCGAGGGAGGCCUCCAAAGAGGAUAUCUAUUAGUCGUGACAAAAUUGCUAGUAAACCAAAUACUCCAGGAAAUAGAAGUAAAGUGGCAAAGGAAAGGGCAAGACUCCAGAAACAAAAAGAAGAAAUGCAGGCCAUGGCUUUUGAAAAAGCUAAAUUAAAGAGAGAGAAGGCACAUGCUAUAGAAGCCAAGAAAAAAGAGAGAGAAGAUAAGGAAAAAAAAAGAGAGGAGCUGAAGAAGAUUGUGGAAGAAGAAAGGAUGAAGAAGAAAGAAGAGAAAGAGAGACUCAAGAUAGAAAAAGAAAAGGAAAGAGAGAAAUUACGUGAAGAAAAACGAAAGUAUCUGGAAUACCUAAAACAGUGGAGCAAACCUAGAGAAGACAUGGAAUGUGAUGAUCUUAAGGAACUUCCAGUUCCAACUCCAGUGAAGACAAGACUGCCACCUGAGAUCUUUGGUGAUGCUCUGAUGGUCUUAGAAUUCCUUCAUGCAUUUGGGGAACUUUUUGAUCUUCAAGAUGAGUUUCCAGAAGGACUUACUCUAGAAGUGUUAGAAGAAGCUCUUGCGGGAAAUGAUAGUGAAGGCCCACUAUGUGAAUUGCUCUUUUUCUUCCUGACUGCCAUUUUCCAGGCAAUGGCGGAAGAGGAAGAGGAAGUGGCCAAAGAUCAAAUAGCUGAUGCUGAGACCAAAGAUUUAACAGAGGCUUUGGAUGAAGAUGCAGACCCCACAAAAUCUGCACUGUUUGCAGUUGCAACUUUGGCAGCUGCAUGGCCCCAGUUACAUCAGGGCUGCAAUUUGAAAAAUUUGGAUCUCGACAGCUGCACUCUUUCUGAGAUUCUCAGACUUCACAUCUUAGCAUCAGGUGCUGAUGUAACAUCAGCAAAUGCAAAGUAUCGUUACCAAAAACGAGGAGGUUUUGAUGCUACAGAUGAUGCUUGCAUGGAGCUGAGAUUGAGUAAUCCUGGUCUGUUGAAGAAACUCUCAAGUACUUCAGUGUAUGACUUGUCACCAGGGGAAAAGAUGAAGAUUCUUCAUGCCCUCUGUGGGAAGCUUCUGACUCUCGUCUCCACUCGAGAUUUCAUUGAGGACUCUGUUGAUGUAUUACGACAGGCAAAACAGGAAUUCAGAGAGUUAAAGGCAGAACAACAUCGCAAAGAAAGAGAAGCAGCAGCAGCAAGGAUACGUAAGAGGAAGGAAGAAAGAUUAAAAGAGCAAGAACAAAAGAUGAAGGAGAAACAGGAAAAGCUGAAGGAAGAGGAGCAAAGGAAUCCUUCUGCAGAAGUGUCUGUUGGGGAAGAAGAACGGGAAGACCUUGAUACUAGUACAGAGAGCAAAGAAAUUGAGCAGAAGGAACAAGACUUGGACACAGUGACAGAAGAUGAGGAAGAACCAGGACCAAACAAAAAAGGAAGAAGAGACAAACUUCAAAGUGACAACAAACCUCUUUCAUCAGGGCGGGGAAGAAUACAGAAUGCACAUGAUACAUUUCAAAUGUCUGCAGAAAAGCAACUUGAACUGAGACUUAGAGACUUUCUUUUGGACAUUGAAGACAGAAUCUAUCAAGGAACACUGGGGGCAAUUAAGGUUACAGACAGGCAAUCUUGGAGAGCAGCCUUAGAAAAUGGGCAGUAUGAGCUACUAAAUGAGGAAAACAAGGAAAAUGGUAUCAUUAAAACUGUGAAUGAGGAUGCUGAAGAAAUGGAAACAGAUGAUCAAGCCAAGUUUAUUGUAAAAGACAGACUUGUUGGAUUAAAAACGGAAGCUCCAAGUACUGCAUCAACAAAUACGAGCACUCCGCAGCCAGUUAAUAAUGUGGUCCAUUACUUGGCAUCUGCACUGCUUCAGAUAGAGCAAGGCAUCGAGCGCAGGUUCCUCAAAGCACCACUUGAUGCCAGUGAUGGUGGCCGUUCAUAUAAAACAGUCCUGGAUCGCUGGAGAGAAUCUCUUCUUUCUUCUGGCAGCCUGUCCCAAGUCUUUCUACAUCUCUCCACAUUGGAUCGAAGCGUUAUCUGGUCUAAGUCCAUUCUAAAUGCUCGUUGUAAGAUGUGCCGAAAGAAAGGUGACGCGGAAAGCAUGGUGCUGUGUGAUGGCUGCGAUCGAGGUUAUCAUAUCUACUGUAUCAGGCCCAAGCUCAAGGCCAUUCCUGAAGGAGACUGGUUUUGUCCAGAGUGCCGACCUAAACAACGUUCUAGACGCCUCUCCUCUAGGCAGAGACCUUCUAUGGAAAGUGAUGAAGAGGCUUCAGAACAGUUUGAAGAGGAGGAGGAAGAGACUUACUAUGAGGAAGUGGGACAAAGUGAGGAAGAGGAUUAUGAGGAAGAACAAGAGGAAGAAGAUGAAUCACAAGAGGAGGAAGAAAUGAGCCCAUCAAAACAAGGAAGACCACAAGUCAAACUUCCAUUAAAAAUGAGAGCAGCUAAACUUAACAACCCCUUUUCAAGUCGGAGCAGCCAGCGUCAGGCCAGUGGAAGAUAUGCUUCUCGGAGUCAGCAGAAUACACCUAAGCAAAUUGAAUCUUCGUCGAAAGUUACUGGAAGGGGGAUAAGAAAGAUAAAGUCAGCCCCUCCAUCAGUAACAAAACCUUCUUUAAGACUGAACAGCCGUACCACUCGUCAGAGUCAAGGCUCAUUACGAGCAGAUGUAUUUGUGGAAUUACUCAGUCCUCGAAGACGACGUAGAGGAAAGAAGACUGCAGAUAGUACAUCAGAGAACAGUCCUUCUCUUGGCUUCAGAAUUGUUGCCACCACAGACUCACGUGAACGGCUUAGAAGAUCUCCUCCAGUUUCUACACAGAAGUUUCCUCUUCAGGAUAGUGAAUCUAAGAGAAGAGGCAGGAAACGACAAUCCACAGAUUCAUCUCCUCACACCUCAUUGAACAGGAGGAGUUCGGGUCGCCAGGGUAGAGUCCAUGAACUGUCAGCUUUUGAACAACUUGUUGUGGAACUGGUACGACAUGACGACAGUUGGCCUUUCAUGAAACUGGUUUCCAAAGUCCAGGUACCAGACUACUAUGAUAUUAUCAAAAAACCUAUUGCCUUAAAUAUAAUCCGUGAAAAAGUGAAUAAAUGUGAAUACAAAUUAGCAUCUGAAUUCAUUGAAGACAUUGAACUGAUGUUUUCGAACUGCUUUGAGUACAACCCUCGUAAUACAAGUGAAGCAAAAGCUGGAAUAAGACUUCAGGCUUUUUUCCACGUUCAGGCUCAAAAGCUUGGACUCCCUAUUGCAUCUGGUAAUAUGGACCAUGCUGCUCCAGCUGCAAAGAAGUCACGAAUUUAACCUCUUCCUUCCAAAGGAUUUUUUUGAGGGAGCCUUUAUAUUCAUGAAAAUGAAACAUUAAAUCAUGCAGUCAUCAUAUCUGUAUAAAGCAAUAACACCAGUUUAACCACCUUGAAGUGUGGCCUGCACUAUAUUCUCAAUUUAAUAUUAAGCACUCAGGAGAAUGUAGGAAAGAUUACCUUUGCUACAGUUUUAUUCAGUGUCUAAUAACUUUGAUAGAUGUAUUGGAUACAGUACUGGUUUACAGAGGUUUUGUACAUUUUUAAGACAUUCAUGUGUCCAAAUAUCUUCCAGAAAUAUUUUUUCUGCGCCAUAUGACCUUGUUUUAUCCUCUAGAUUUUCUAGGAGCUGUGGUAUUGUGAGGACUUUAUCAACUCAGACAAAAUCUUCUACUGUAGCACAGUUGAAGAAACUGUGUAAAUAUCUGAAACUCUGAGUACACCUUUUCAACACUACACAUGAAUGAGUACAAUUGCAUAUCCUUUAAAGUACUGUACCAGUGCUGGCUGGAGGUAUUCAGUCUGAGUUUAUUAAGUAGAUAUUUAUUUAGCAUUCAAAGUAAUUUGUGAAUUUGUUUUGUAUUUAUAAAAUUUGUAUGUGGGGGGAUAAAAGUUCAUUAACUUUUUUAAUUUUUCUCCUGUGUUUUGUUUAUUCCUCUAACUUCCUGAUGAUCAAUUGAUAAAAUAAUACCCUCUCCUCUUGCUGGCAGUUCUUUAAGCAACAAGUAACUUGCAGGACUGUAUUAUAAGUUUCUAUGUACAACUUUCUAAGUGUACAAAUAAAAUGAUACAUUUUUCAAA